AUGGCCAGCUUGAUAAAUCUCAUGGAGGACGAAGCCAUGUCUCUGCUGCAAACACGUCUACAGACGCCUAGAAGACACAUCGCAGCGACCACAAAACAUAGGUUCGAGCUUGCUGCUACAGCCCAGUGCAUGCUUUCUAACCGACGUACGGGCUUUCUGGACUUGCCCGCUGAACUCAGGUUCAGGAUCUACUACCUUGCCCUAGCAGAUCUUUCAGAUCACGACAUCAUGUUCACAAGCAAGAUACAUGUUCGGCCUCCGAAUACCAGCCUCGUCCCGCAUUCGUUCCCUUCAGACAAGGACCGUCAACGAACAAUCACUCCAGCCUUCAAAAACCAGGUGUACGAACCUGCGAUUACCCGUACUGCAAAGACUAUUCGCACCGAGCUACUUCCACUACUCUACGAACGGGGUACACCAAUCUCCUACACGUUCUACGCCUGCAGCACCACUUUGAUCAGACAGACUCUUCGCCGCAUUCGCACCGAAGACAUACCCCUGGAACUCCACCUCGCAACUCUGACGUUUUCUCUGCCAAAGCAAUUGGACGACACUGGUUUGGCAAUCCCAUGGCUUGUAUCUCUAGCUACUUGUCUUGCGUGGUGUCUGUAUACCUCUCCGAUACCAGAAAUAAUCAUUACGGAGCCAGAGUUUUACAUCAAGGAACCAUAUGUCGCAGUCAACGAAACAGAUCCACCAAGCCUCUCUAUCUCGAACGGGAAAUUCAGUCCAGACUUCAUCACAAAAGGGACAAACGCAGAACUGUCAACCACAGCUACAGAUCUGGUGACUUCGUUUCUGAAGUUUACAUCUGGCUUGUCUAGAGAGGAAAUGAAAACAGAAGGACAGAGCAUCUUUGCUCUAGCAGACUUCCUGCAUGCACGGGUCGACAAGUGCAAGGAGUGUGUAUUGUGGAGGGGUUCUUGGAAGGAGUGUCUGGGGAGGAUUUACGGGCAUGAAGUUGCUAAGGUUAUGGUCAGGGAGAGGAACCUUGAGCCUUUAUAA